AUGCGCGCUAAUUGUAAGGGACAGCUGCGAGCACUAUCACGAGGUGUGCAGUAUCCUGUGUCAGAACGGUUGACAAUAGAUCAGGUUUACGAGAGACGAACGGGAAAGCCUCGACAUGAUGUGCUCAGAGAUUAUUUUAUUAAGGAGGGUCGUAUCGAAGAAGACGCGGCUAUACGUAUUAUCCAGGAAUGUACAGCGUUAUUUCGACAAGAAAAAACUAUGCUAGACAUAGAGGCACCGGUCACCGUAUGCGGUGACAUUCAUGGGCAGUUUUAUGACCUCAUGAAGUUAUUUGAGGUCGGUGGCUCACCAGCCACCACGAAGUAUCUGUUCCUUGGUGACUAUGUCGAUCGAGGAUACUUUUCGAUUGAAUGUGUUCUUUAUCUAUGGGCGUUGAAGAUUUGCUAUCCAAACACACUUUUUCUAUUGCGAGGAAAUCAUGAGUGUCGUCAUUUGACCGAGUACUUCACGUUCAAGCAAGAGUGUAGGUUUUUGUUUGUUGAGUUCAGUCUAUAG